GUCGGGCUUUGGGCGGCGGAGACCAGCCUCCUCUGCUCCAGUUCUCGGUGAGCCUCGGUACGUACGGUGGCAGCAGUCCGUGUGUCUGGUGGGUGUCGGCGUGAAGCGGAGCUGGGCCAGCGGGAGGUAGCUGUGUGGGAGUGGAAGGCCGGUAUUUCUCUACCUGGACCGCACUCUCCUCGCGCGAGGAGGGUAGAGCUCAAGAUGCUUGCGAUUUGCUUUACAUUCUAAGUGGAUUUGGAGAAGAGACAAUAAAGAAUAAACAGUCAAUUCUAUAAUAUAUUUAGAAGGAGAAAAGUGCCAAGGAGGAAAGAAAAAGUAGAGCAAGAUUUGCUUUGAGGUCACAUUGAUAUGAAAUAUGGAGUCAUCUUUCAUAACUUCACCUGGGAAAGAGAAAGAAAACUUUCUUGUUAAAAAAACAUAAGGAAAACAAACAACCAAAGGAAUCAUGCCAAAUGCCAACUCUCCAUCUUUUUGUAUUAUUAGCAUAUUCUGUUCAUCAGGACAAAUGGCUUAUGCAUUAAAGGAGAUGAUUUGUUUAUCAGUAUUUUUAGCCAUUAAAAAAAAUCGUUUUCAUAUUAACCUUACACAGCUCCCAUAAAAUUUAACACAUCUAAACAUCUUUAAGGCCUUGUUUAAAACAGUUUUCUUUUUUAGUGCUUAGAACUUCUAUGUUUAUGCACCGUAUUGUUACUUGUCAAAGUCUUUAAGAGUUUAUAACAUCAGGAAAGAUAUGGACUUGGAAAUUUCCAUUAUUAAAAUAGACUGCAGUGGAUUUAAGUGGACAAUUCAAGACAUCCAUUUUAUUGUGCAAAAUAUUACAUAAAAGUGUAUAGUUUUUAGCCUAAAUGCAAACAAAGUUGCUUGAAAAUGGCAUGGGUAAAAUUCUUACGGAAACCUGGUGGCAAUCUUGGAAAAGUUUAUCAGCCUGGAAGUAUGCUAUCCCUAGCCCCUACCAAAGGCUUGUUAAAUGAACCAGGACAAAACAGCUGCUUUCUUAAUAGUGCUGUACAGGUCUUAUGGCAAUUGGAUAUAUUCCGACGAAGCUUGCGGGUUUUGACUGGACAUGUUUGUCAGGGAGAUGCCUGUAUAUUUUGUGCAUUGAAGACGAUAUUUGCACAGUUCCAACAUAGUCGAGAAAAAGCACUUCCCUCAGAUAACAUAAGGCAUGCUCUUGCAGAAAGCUUCAAAGAUGAGCAGCGAUUUCAACUUGGCCUUAUGGAUGAUGCUGCAGAGUGCUUUGAGAAUAUAUUGGAGAGGAUUCAUUUUCACAUAGUGCCAAGCAGAGAUGCAGACAUGUGUACCUCUAAAUCUUGUAUCACUCACCAGAAGUUUGCUAUGACUCUGUAUGAACAGUGUGUGUGUCGUAGCUGUGGAGCAUCAUCAGAUCCUCUACCUUUUACAGAAUUUGUGCGGUACAUUUCUACAACAGCCUUAUGCAAUGAAGUUGAAAGAAUGUUGGAAAGACAUGAACGCUUUAAACCUGAAAUGUUUGCAGAAUUGCUACAAGCAGCAAACACAACAGAUGACUAUAGGAAAUGUCCUAGUAACUGUGGCCAAAAAAUAAAAAUUCGCCGUGUUUUAAUGAAUUGCCCAGAGAUUGUUACAAUUGGUUUAGUCUGGGACUCUGAGCAUUCUGACUUGACUGAAGAUAUUGUUCGGAAUCUAGCAACACAUCUUUAUCUUCCUGGGCUUUUUUACAGAGUUACUGAUGAAAAUGCCAAAAAUAGUGAACUUAACCUUGUUGGUAUGAUCUGCUACACCAGCCGACAUUAUUGUGCCUUUGCAUUUCACACCAAAAGUUCCAAAUGGGUAUUUUUUGAUGAUGCAAAUGUGAAAGAGAUUGGAACCAGAUGGAAAGAUGUUGUCUCCAAAUGCAUUCGAUGCCACUUUCAGCCACUGCUUUUGUUUUACGCAAACCCAGAUGGGACAGCAGUUUCUACUGACGAUGCACUCAGGCAGGUUGUCAGCUGGUCACAUUACAAAUCUGUUGCAGAAAAUAUGGGAUGUGAAAAGCCUGUAAUUUAUAAGUCAGAUAAUUUAAAAGAAAAUGGAUUUGGUGAUCAGGCAAAGCAGAGAGAAAAUCAGAAAUUUCAAACUGAUAAUAUUUCAUCAUCUAAUCGGAGCCAUAGCCACACAGCUGUAGGGAAAGGACCAGCUAAGUUAAGUCACAUUGAUCAAAGGGAAAAGAUAAAAGACAUUUCCAGAGAAUGUGCUCUGAAAGCUAUUGAACAGAAAAACUUACUUUCUUCACAAAGGAAAGAUUUAGAGAAGGGACAAAGAAAAGAUUUAGGACGACAUAGAGAUUUGAUUGAUGAAGACCUUUCACAUUUCCAAUCUGGAUCACCUCCUGCCCCAAAUGGUUUUAGACAACAUGGGAAUCCACAUCUAUAUCAUAGUCAAGGAAAAGGAUCAUAUAAACAUGACCGAGUUGUACUGCAGAGUCGAGCUUCUGCACAAAUAAUAAGUUCAAGUAAAUCCCAGAUUCUUGCUCCAGGGGAGAAAAUAACUGGCAAAGUUAAGAGCGACAAUGGCACUGGAUAUGAUACAGACAGCAGCCAAGAUUCUAGGGAUAGAGGAAACAGCUGUAAUAGCAGCAGUAAAAGCCGCAACCGAGGUUGGAAACCUAUGAGAGAAACAUUAAAUGUUGAUAGUAUUUUUAGUGAAAGUGAAAAAAGACAGCAUAGUCCAAGACAUAAACCAAAUAUCAGUAACAAGCCUAAAUGUAGCAAGGAUCAAAGUUUUAGUAAUUGGCCGAAAGAGAAUCCAAAGCAAAAAGGUUUAAUGACCAUAUAUGAAGAUGAAAUGAAGCAGGAAAUAGGAAGCAGAAGUUCCCUUGAAUCUAAUGGAAAAGGAGAAGACAAAAAUAAAGGCCUUGUAGAGGGUAAAGUGCAUGGUGAUAAUUGGCAGAUGCAAAGGACUGAGUCUGGAUAUGAAAGCAGUGAUCACAUCAGUAAUGAAUCUACUAAUUUGGACUCACCUGUUAUUGAUGGAAAUGGUACAGUAAUGGAUAUCAGUGGUGUUAAAGAAACAGUAUGCUUCAGUGACCAGAUUAAGACAAGCAACCUAAAUAAAGAACAUGGGGACUGUACCUCCCUUCAGAGCCAAAAUCACUUAGAAGGCUUUAGAAAAGAACUCAGGAAUUUGGAAGCAGACUAUAAAUCUCACGAAUUCCACCCAGAAUCACAUUUACAAAUAAAAAAUAAUUUGAUAAAAAGAUCACAUGUACAUGAAAACAAUGGAAAGUUAUUUCCUUCAUCCAGUCUACAAAUACCCAAGGACCAUAAUGCAAGAGAAUAUGUGCACCAGUCAGAUGAACAGAAACUUGAAAAACAAAAUGAAUGCAAAUUUUCUGAGUGGCUUAAUAUAGAAAAUUCUGAGAGAACAGGUUUGCCGUUUCGCGUUGAUAACUCCGCUUCUGGGAAGAGAGUGAACAGUAAUGAACCAUCUUCAUUAUGGUCUUCACACCUAAGAACUGUUGGGUUAAAGCCAGCAACUGCUCCUCUAAUCCUGCAGCAAAAUAUCAUGGAUCAAUGUUACUUUGAGAACUCUGUAUCCACAGAAUGUAUAAUUCAGUCAGCCGGUAGAUCUGAUGGGUGUCAGAUGCCAAAACUUUUUUGCCAGAAUCCACCACCCCCUUUGCCACCAAAGAAAUACGCUAUAACCACUGUGCCACAGUCAGAGAAAAGCGAAUCUCCACCUGAUGUCAAACUUACGGAGGUGUUUAAAGCUACCUCUCAUCUUCCGAAGCACAGUUUAAGUACAGCUUCAGAACCAAGUUUAGAAAUGAGUACACAUGUGAAUGAUGAAAGACAUAAAGAAACAUUUCAACUGAGAGAGUGUUUUGGCAACACACCAAACUGCCCGUCCAAGUCCCCAACUAAUGAUUUUCAGGCAAACUCAGGUGCCGUUGAUGGAUUUUGCCAACCAGAACUAGACUCUAUUUCUACCUGUCCAAAUGAGACAGUUUCCUUAACCACCUAUUUUUCAGUUGAUAGCUGCAUGACAGAUACAUAUAGAUUGAAAUACCAUCAGAGGCCCAAGCUCGCUUUUCCAGAGAGCAGUGGCUUUUGUAAUAAUUCAUUAUCUUAGAGUGAAAAAGGACUAGGACCUGUGUUACAAAAUAAUCUUGGUUCAAGCUGCCCUUCUGAACAAAGAUAUAAACUUAGCAUACAUUCUAAUAGAUAACUGGUAAAAUUGACCAACUUUUACUUCUCAGAGGCCAUUUAAAUAUAAUAGGAACCUACUGACCAAACCUAGUGAUACAUAAAAUUAAAGCCCCUAGCAUUUUUAAAGUUGUUAGUCACUAUACAUAUGUACGUGUAUAUGUGUAUACACAUAUCUAAUUUUAUGAUCAGUUUAUUAGAUAUUUAAGAAAUUCCCUUUGCAUAGUCUUGGCAUGCCGCGAAAAAUAGAAAAUCAGGGAGAUAUAAUAAUUCAUUUGUUAUAUGCUAUAGUUGAAUAAAAAUUACAUUUGUCCCCCUAUUUUGUGGCCAGUAGACUGGGAAGCAUUAAACUAACCAGUACUCAUGUAUGGAGAUUAUAAACUAUGCUAACUGAAAAGUACCAGGUGAUACAUAGCCUGGUACUUUUUUGUCAAAGAAUUGCUUUAUGAAGAAGCACUUUCUAAUGGGUAACCAGAAAAGGGCUUCACCCAUUUGUUUUUGACUUCUAUGAUAGUCACUGCAUAUGAUCCCUUUAAGUGUCUUUAAAAAAAUGACUUGUGAAUUUGAUAGCAUUUGGGGAAAGAAAAGCCUUAUAUGAUUAACAAUUUGUAAAUUUUCAAGAUCAGAUGAAAUUUAAUUUUGCUCCUAGAACUUUUGUCUUCAGAGUAUCUACCUAAAUUAGGCCUUUGACUAUUACAGGUAUUCAUAAAUACUACUUUAGCCAUGUAAAUUAAAAAGUUAAAAUACUUAAACUUUAGUAUAUUUAUUUAUCUUGUUACUCUUUUUUCUAAUUUUGUGUGAAAUAUGAAAGAUCUUUAUUUUGGUUUGGUUUACUUUGGGCUGUUAACCACCAGUGUUAGGAAUUAAUGUAGGGCCCCCACUGGGUAUGUCACUGUCAUUGCCUACAUUUUCUUUGCUGUAAUAUUACCUGCUUAUAGGUUGUCAAUCCAUUUUAUCUGAAUUUGAAAAUCUAUCUAGGUUUCCAGAUUAAAUUUCUACCUUUCAUAUAGAGUUCAAUUUUAAUAAAAUGUUUAAUUGAAGCAUCCUUCCCUUUUAUCUACUUUGAACAAAUAGUAAUUUUACCCGGGCUUUGAAAAUUAAAGGAAUUUUUAUUAUUAUGGUAACCUUACGAGUAAAAAUAAGUUACUUUAAUUGCCUUAUUUCAUUAGUUGUCAUUUUAUUUUGUACUAUGCUGGUAAACUAAUUGUGGUUUAGAAUAGUUUUAUGUUCACUCCAGAUAACUGAGAAACAGAACUAAAGUUUUCCUUACAUUCCUAAAUGGAUAAACCUCAUAAAUAUAAUUCAGUAAACUAGUAAAUGUAGCCACUUGACUGAUUCCGUAAAUCGUGUUAAAACAUUCUAAAAUGUUGUAAAUAAUUUAAUGUGAAUACUGUUAGAUAAACAGAAAAUAAUUGCUUAUAAAAGUCUAAAAGUUUAACCAGUUACCAAGUCGUGGCCCAAUUUUAUCUACUACCUAUAGUUUUUACUAGCCUUAAGUAUAAUAGUGAGUGAUCAUUACUUUAUAUUCUCGUAAGUUAGAAAUACUUGAAUGCCAAAUUAAUUUUAUCGUUUAAGAAAACUUAUUUUUAACAUAAUUUUUAGUAUGGAGGGUUUGUAAAUAAAGUUUGUAAACCUGUAUUUGAAAUACCAAAGUUUUUACUGCUUUUUUUUAACACUGUAAAAUACUAGAAAAAUGGGCUUCAAGUUUUUUUAAUGGCUGUCAGAAAGUUUGUGUAGUUUUUUUUUUUUUUCUAUUUGGUUAAGAUGUGAGUUGGAAAUGUAUGAUCUGAAACAUUUAAACUAAUUUUUGUGUUUAACAGCAGUUUCAGAGAUUUGUCUUUUCAACUCAGUUGAGUUGUAGACAUCAAAUAGAAAUGUCCAGUUUUGCCUCUUUUAAGUACUGUCCAGUUGAAACCUCCUGACUCAUGUACUGCUACACAAACUAGAAACUGACCAUUUAUUUUUAUGUUGAUUCAACACUCCAAAUACAGAUCGAUACACAUAUAUUAAUCAUUUUAUUUCAUGUAAAAUUUUUACAUCUAGGGUGCCUAUUUAUUUUUAUAGAUGUUUUCAUUCAGAUAUAAGCUCAUUAUAACUUUGUAAAUAAUUCAGCCAACAGUUGUAAUGUUUAAAAUACUUACCUUCACAAUGUUCUAUUUUCAUGUGAAAUCAAUUUCUUCUCAUCCAAAAAAAUUUUAAGAUAAACUGAUUUUUAAGUU